AUGAAUAUUUUUAGAAUCAUUAUUACACUAAUAGUUUUAGUACAGUUUUAUUGUACUGCUCAACAACAAUAUCUGGUGAUUGAGCAAUACAAUCAAAAUCAAUGUGGAGGUGAUAUCAUUACAACGAUCUUCUAUCAGACUGGUGUAUGCUACAAUGGUCUCUACGUGACUUGUAGCAACAAGAGUCAAACUGCCACCAUCUCUACUUACCUUUAUGUAGACUGCUCAUCGACACCUGACAACGUUGCCAACUUUAAUGUUGGAUCAUGCAAUGGAUACGAUAGUUACUCAUGUCAAGCGGAAGUGAAUUUCAAUCAAAAUGCUAUCAUUCACACCGAGUAUUUCAAUUCAUCAUGCGAUGGUACUCCAUAUUUUGCACAGACACUGUCGACUGGUGUCUGCUCGAGUGGUGUCAUCACUUUGUGUGAUGAUAAAACUAUUGUAACAACGACAUACGAUUAUUUAGAGUGCACCGGUCAAUCAUCGAGUCAAUAUAGUACUUUAGAUACACAGUGUGAAUUUAACAAUAGAUUUGGUGCCAAGGCUGUUUGUGCUGUUGAAAAUUCAUAUUAA